AUGUGUAUAUAUUGCGAUUUCUUCAGGCAGUAGAAGCCACACUGUCAAAAUUUCUUUAGGAAUUUUCUAGUUCUUUCUAUUAUUAUAUCAAAAAUCCAAUUAUCUUUUCUUCCUGUGAAACAAAAUAUGACGUAAUAAUAUCAUGACAUCUAUCCACCAAUCAAUCUGCAGCUUUUAUAACAGGAAGCUGUGGGAGGAGCCAGACGCUGCGUCCUGAGCUCGCCCACUUUUUAGCCGUCCAAUCAAAUUCCCAGGACUUGAUUUGAACAUCUUUUUUGCCAAUAUAGUAACAUCGAGAGCGUACGGAGGCGUAUUAAGUAGAAAUAAAAUAAUUUACAGAGCCGACUUCAUUACCAUUCAUUUUUGAUGAUUCAACUCCAACACCAAAAUUUCAAUGAAAUAUAAUCAACUAAAUAUAAGUAUUGUUACAGUUUAAACUACCAGCAGUAUAUCAAGUCAUUUAAAUAAGCUCCACCUUCACUAGCUCCUACAUUUAGAAUACAGUAAUAUAAUAUACUUUUACUUUUGGUACUUUAAGCAGAAUUAGUAGUGAAUACUUUUGUGCUUUUACUUCAGUAAGCUUUAUCUUGUAACAGAGUAUUUGUACACUGUGGUAGUAGUACUUGAAUAAAAGGUCAGAGUACUUCUACCACCUGGAACACCUGAGGAGAAGUAGGAGUGGAUUAAGAGAAGUGGACGUAGAGGUUCAACCACUUCCCACUUUCACUCAGCGCUCUGACAUCACUUCCUGCUGAUGGUCCACUUCCUGUCAGCAUCUGUCACUUCAUUCAGAGCUGAUGGAGGACGCACGGGUUUCAGCAGCAGGUGAACGGGAGCGUCCGGUGAACCGCCCCCCCGAGCUGCUGUACCCUCAGGCCGACGUGGCGGAGCGCCUGGCGCUCGGCGGCGGUGACGAGUCGCUGGUGAACGGAACCAAGGCCGACCUGCAGGCCGCCAAACGACUCGCCAAACGCCUCUACAGCCUGGACGGGUUCAGGAAGUCCGACGUGGCUCGACACCUCGGAAAGAACAACGAGUUCAGUCAGAUGGUGGCAGAGGAAUACCUCAGUAACUUCAACUUCACGGGUCUGACCAUCGAUCAGGCUCUCAGGUCGUUUCUGAGUCAGUUCGCUCUGAUGGGAGAAACUCAGGAGAGAGAGAGAGUCCUCGCUCAGUUCUCCAGGAGAUACAGACAGAGCAACCCAGAGACUGUCCCCACUGAAGACAGCGUCCACACUCUGACGUGUGCCGUCAUGUUGCUGAACUCAGACCUUCAUGGAAACAACGUGGGGAAGAGGAUGUCCUGCAGUCAGUUCAUCACCAACCUGGAGGGUCUCAACGAUGGAAAAGAUUUCCCCAAAGAUCUGCUGAAGGUAUGGCUGACACACACACACUUUUACAUGCACACACGUGUAUACAACACACACACGGAUGCUUGUGAUUGUCAGAGCAGAAAAAUGAAAAAGGAGACUUGUGUGUGUGUGUGUGUGUGUGUGUGUGUGUGUGUGUCUCUCUCCCUCCCACUCGUUUGUUUCCAUCUCAGCCUCAGAGCGAUCAACAUGAAUCUGCGUCACCUCUUUACCUCCUCCAUCAUCAUCACACUAACUCUGUUAAUGUGUGUGUGUCAGUGGCGGGCCGUGUAUUUUAUACCUGG